UACAUCAUGGCGGCGGUGGAUUUCAGAGACAACCUUCUUGGGAUUUCCUGGGUGGAUAGCGGCUGGGUGCCUAUUCUUAACCCUGGAAAUGUGCUGGACUAUUUCUCUGAGAGGAGCAACCCCUUUUAUGAUCGAACCUGUAAUAAUGAGGUAGUGAAGAUGCAGCGGCUCACUCUGGAGCAUCUGAAUCAGAUGGUGGGAGUGGAGUACAUCCUUCUUCAUGCUCAGGAGCCAAUUCUUUAUAUAAUCCGUAAACAGCAGAGGCAGUCACCGUCACAAGUGAUUCCUCUGGCUGACUACUACAUCAUAGCUGGAGUGGUUUAUCAGGCUCCAGAUCUGGGAACAGUAAUCAGCUCCAGAGUGCUUUCUGCUGUCCAUGGAAUCCAGUCAGCGUUUGAUGAGUCCAUGUCGUACUGUCGCUAUCACCCAUCCAAAGGAUACUGGUGGCAUUUCAAAGACCAGGAGGAGAGAGAAAAAGCCAAACCUAAGUCUAAGAAGAAAGAGGAGCCUAGUUCACUGUUUCAGAGGCACCGUGUGGACACACUCCUUAUGGACCUCAGGUCAAAAUUUCCGCCAACCUUCUACCAGCCUAAGCCUGGCGAGAAGCCUAUUCCAGUUGAGGUGAAGAAGGAACCGGAGCCUCCUACAGAAACUGUCAAACAAGAGGAGAGGGAGCCAGCCACGAAGUCCUCCGCUCCAGCUCCACCAAGCAAGCCGCCCCCAGAGAAGCGAGCAAGGCUACAGUGACAGCUGUCUCUUUCACACUCCUGGAGCAACGCAGUGAACAGUCCUACAGCACUAACAUGAAGAACAGUUGAAAAUUGUGAGAAUUUCUGUUCGGUUUCUACAAUUGGAAGAUCGUCUGCCACUCCGCUCAUCUGAUCACUUUACAGGAUGCUAAGAAUGAACUGGCACAAAACGUGUCAGUUGCCCCUCUCGGUGCCAGGACUACUUUUACACUGUAACCUUAGUCUGGUGCAUUUGAUAGGCUGGCAUCAUGAACAUUUCAAGCAGCUGUAGUACGAACAGGGGUUAACAGCCUGAUGUCAGCAGGCAUUUUACACUGUAGUGUACAGUGUACACUAAGGAUGCGUUUUUUUUGAUGAUCAGCUGACAUCAGCAUCAGUGUCGAUUUACUGGUGACAUCAGCGUUAUGUGUGUGUUGUGGCAACUUUGGAGGACAGCUUCAUUCCCACUCUGCUUUUACAGGAAGAUGUGUCAUAGUGCAUCAUCUCAUUGGAAAGGCGGAGAGCUUCCUGGCAUGAGUGCCCUUAUUUGAUUAUAUACACUUUCAACUGUUUUUUGAAAGGAAUUCUCUACUUUAAUAUCUUGUUUUGUUUGUAUGUUUUUGUAUUAAAAGUAUCAGCUACUGUA